AUGACUCUUGCAUCUUCGUCCCGCUUGACAGCAAGACGAGCGCCUCUGCUGCGCCGUGGUCUAGCCACCGAAGCGGUGCGGCCCCUCAUCGUCUCGCUACCAUCUCGAUCCAUAUACCCGCCCAAGCAGCCUGAGCUCACCGUCGAUCACCUCGUCGUGGGCGGAGGCGUGGUGGGUCUUUCGAUCGCAGCGGCACUCGCCGCGCGCUGGCCCGAGAAGACGACCUACCUCGUCGAACGCAACAAGUCUUUUGGCGAAGAGACCAGCUCUCGCAACAGCGAAGUUAUCCACGCGGGCCUUUACUAUCCUGCAGAUUCCCUCAAGACGCGUCUGUGUCUACGUGGCCGCGAGCUCAUGUAUCAACGAUGUCAAGAGCACUCGAUCCCGCACAAGCAAACCAAGAAGCUCGUCGUCGGCGCUGACUUUUCCAAAGCCUAUCUGGAGAAGCUUCAAUCUCACUGCGACUCCCUUGGACCACUCGCACCGCCAACGCGAAUGAUAACUGGACAGCAGGCACGAGAGCUCGAGCCGCACCUGUCCGACAACAUCGCCUGGGCGCUCCUUUCCGAACGCACAGGUAUCGUCAGCAGUCACGAGCUCAUGGCCAGUCUCGAACGGGAGCUGCUCGAUGCUGACAAUGCCGAGAUCGUCUACGACACCAAAGUCGUCCGCGUUGACCCCAAUCAACCCGACCCCGGUGCUGUCAACUGCAAACGUGGAUCCGACGGCUCGCAAGACGGUUGGAUCGUCCAGACGCUCACCUCUGAGUCGAGCAGCUCUACCUCCGGCAACGCAGACUCGCUGCUGGCCAAAGUGGUCAUCAACGCGUCCGGACUCAACGCGCCCAUGGUGCUCAACUCGUUACUUUCGGAGCUUGGCGGUGCUGAAAAGGACGCAAUUCCCAUGUGGCAUUCUAAGGGCAACUACGCUUCGUACAAGGGUCGCGGUGCUGACGGCAUCCAGCACCUCAUCUACCCGGUCCCGGAUACACGCAACAAGGGUACACAUGCGCACACGUCGCUGGGCACGCAUCUCACGCUCGACCUUGACGGCAACGUCCGGUUCGGCCCCGACACGGAGUGGAUCUCCCCGCCGCCACCCUCCGAAGAUGGGUCGCAAGAAGCGAUCGACUUUUGGAAGCGCUCGCUCGUUGUCGACGAGGCGCGCAUCGAGAGCAUGUACGCUUCCAUCUGCGAGUACCUCCCCAACAUUGACAAGAGCGGCCUGGCUCCGGACUACGCCGGGAUCCGACCUAAGCUCAUCGGACCCGACACAAAGGCGUUUAUGGACUUCCAGCUGCUGUGGCACAAUUCGUCCAACUUGGCCGCUCAGAGGCUGUGGCAGCGUGCGCCUGGACUGCCGGCGCCCAGUUCCAGCUGCAUCUCGCCCGCAAGGACGAGUGUUGAUAAGGUCGACGGCGGCGCCAUGAUCAGUCUGUUGGGCAUCGAGAGUCCUGGUCUCACUUCGAGCUUGGCUAUCGGCGAGAUGGUACGCGAGAUGAUCGCCACUCAUUUUUACGGCGAACAUCCCACUCGCCGGGCUAGCCCCAAUAAGGGCGCCAGGAACGAAGACAAUUCACACCGUGUAGAUGCGUGGGCAUAG